AUGAUGGGUAUCCGAACACCUCCAAAAACCCACCCACAAAGGCAACCAGACAGAAAAGCAGAGGCUUCUACCCCGGAAAUAAGAUGUAAUAUUGACUCAGGGGAGCAGGCCACAAAUACGAGCCCUAACAGGAAAAAUGAAGCCAUUGCAACAGCGAGUAAAAGAGGGGAGGCUUCUCCUAUAUCUUCAGGGAAGAAAACACCGAGAAUAAUGGAAGCCAAAAACUGCUUGCUGAAAGCAAUGGCCCAUUUGGGGGACUCAAGAAACUUGAAGACAGAAAUUAAAACAGGAGUCUCUAAAGCCAUAAAGCGCCUCUAUCAACUUGUGAAAGAUGCCGAAGAAGAUUUAAAAAACAAAUACUUGCAGGAAACAACAGAGAAUGAGGAGGAACAGUUGUUUUCAACUAAUAAACUAGAAGUGAAAUUGGAAAUGCAGAUAAGAAGGCUGCAAGAGGAGAAUAAAAAACUUGAAGAAUGUAGGCUAAAAAUCCAAAAACAAACAGAGAAGAGAGAGGAACGGAUACUGUCUGAAUUAAAGAACGAACUGGGUAAACAAGCCCUCAGAGAAGAAGAGAGAGAAAAGAAAAUGGAAGAAAGAGUUAAAACCUAUGCGGAAGUCACCCUCGCGAAGGGACAAAUAAGUUAUGGCCCUAUCGGCCAAGCGGAUAAUAAAAUAAAGAAAACCGCACUACAUUCUGUCGUGGUAGAACCCAAUAACACAACCGAUACGUCGGAAGUCACUCUGCAACACAUUAGAAAAAAACCUAAGAGCAAAAGAGGGCGGAAUUCAGGGAUUACGGCUCACCUACAAGACGAAAAAGAUUGGCACAUUGCAGAAAAGUACAGACGGAAAUGCCGAAACCCACAUGAAAACCACGUAGUGCUACAAGUCUCGCCAAAUAUGUGGAGAGCUCUUACGACAGCCGGAAAAAUCCACGUGGACAUACAAAGAGUGUGGGUGGAGGACCAGUCGCCACUCGUGCAGUGUACAAUAUGCCUAGGAUUCGGUCACAGCAGGAAGUUCUGCAAGCAAGAAAGUGAGCUAUGUAGCCACUGUGGCGGACCACAUUUAAGACAAAAAUGCCCAGAUUACAAUGAAGGCAAACCACCAAAGUGCUUAAACUGCUUAGACAAAGGAGAAACAGGCAACAAUGACCAUAGUGCCUUCAGCACCGACUGCCCAGUCAGGAAGGGAUGGGACAGAGCGGCCAGACAGAGUUAUGCAUACUGCUAA